GACCGGCGCCAAGAGAAGGCGAAAGAGGAGACCGGUGGAAGGAAAGGGAGAGGAAGCGGAAGGAAGCGGAAGAGGAUGCGGCACUGGGCGACGAUGGAUCAUACGAAAUGACGAGCAGCUGCAGAAGCGGGGCAAGAAAUUCUCGAGGCGCUGGCGCGACGAAUUGCUGCUAGGGUUCAAGAAGCGAGCUGCGCAAUGCGCGAGCGCGGAGCAAUUUCGUUCUGAGCCUGGCGAGGAGGAGGUUCGGAAAACCAUUUUCUGCUCAGUACGUGAUGGCGAUGGCGGAAGAUGACGAUCUUCUUGAAGCUUGCGUCGGUCGUCUUUGUUUCGUGCAGCCCCAUGCGCAGUAUGAGCCCCCUGCUUUCCAUCGCCGGUUUGCCAGAAGGGAUUAUAGGUGGAAGGUUGGCGCAAGGAUGAAAACCACUCCCGGGUUGCACUGCAAGCUCUCGCAUUCCAUGUUUCUUCCGGACUGUCUGGGGCUAGGACCUGAUGCAAGGUGGAGAUGGCAGGGAAUUCCCGUCGCAUUGAUGACGAGUGCAACAGUAGAUAUCUUGCCAUCUCAUCAAAAUUACACGAACGAUGUGUUUGACGGACACGCCAGUUUCCGGUACCUUGGAGUUCGUCCGCGUGCUCGUUUGAAGGCCUUGACACCUUUGUUCGGAAAACUUGCCCUUCGGCUAACGGUGGAGCUUCUCCCAACUCCCAAGCUUGUGAUGGCUCGGCAAUUUCGCCUUGGCACCACCAAGGUUACUCUUCGGGCAAACAUGGAGCCCAGCACUAGUGUUGGCUCUACCAAAAGGUCUUGGUGCUCAUUGCAGGUUGAUUGGCAUCCCGCAGACACAGUGAAGGUCAUGUUGCAGCCAGUGAAGAACUUUUUUGGGAUGCAAUACUCAAGGUCUAUCCAGCUGACACCUGAUAGUAAAGGAGUAGCCUCCGGGGUGGCAGAGUUACCUGCAAAUCUUACUGUUUUUGGUGCCUCCGGUCUUCCUGGCAGUGUUCCCGCCAAGCUGAGAAUAGACUCUCUGAAGCUGUCGCACGUCAUCACAGACAAGGCCCCGAAGAGUUCACCACUUCCAACUUCUGAAUAUUUACGAGCCUCCAGGAAAAUCGGAACAAGUGAUUUGAUCAGCGUUAUUCCAGGCCAUUGGAUUGAUCCCGGUUACGAGGUUGGUGCGCCAGGAGAAAGGGACUUCAAUAUGGAAAUAGUGAACAUUUUGGAGAAGCAGCUGAGAGGAAAUGGAUGGAAUGUACUCAGGCCUGAUCGAGAGUGCCCUGAUCUGAGCUGGGAGGAAUACCUCAACUGGGUUUCGAAGCAGACAAGCAAAGGCAUACCUGUCCUCGAAAUCCAUGGACAGGGUUCGAAAGCAGACUACAGAGGAUUUGUUCUUGGAGUUAUUGGGGAUGCGAAUGCACCUCUCAACAAGGAGCUUGCAAAAGACUUCGGCUAUUUCCAGAUGGACUGGAGAGAUUUGGCAGUUCCAAAGCGAGGAGGUGUUGUUCUAGAGUCGUUCAACUCAGAUGAGGUGCUCCAGAUGGCGCCUUGGCAUCGCAAAUGGUCGGUCAGGAGACUCGCUAAUAGGAUUACCGCCUGUAUUGAGCGCGCCAGCUCGGAAAACCGGCUCUCUCGAGGCAUUAUUUUGGAGGAUGAUACGGGAGAUGAUAUUUUAGAUUUUGAUGAGAAAACCAAAGGAAGAGUAUGAUACCUAGUUCCAAAGGAAGUAAAUAUCGGAUAUACGGAAGCAUCAACAACAGAAGAGUCAAUUGUCCGCCUACUUACCCAUGUACAUUAGAAACACAAUUUUUUAUGUACAAUUUAGAUUUUUAUGUACAUUUUAGUUCUUUUUCCAA